UCACACCCCCAGCGCCUCUGUGCUCGACGCCGCCUCUGUCGCGCUGCACUCGGCCAGCACCACCCGCGGCGCCAUGGCCUCCUCCGCAGCCGCCAGCGCCGCCGAGGAGCUGGCGGCGCUCUCCCUCGCCGCGCCCGCCUCACUCGCCUCGCUCCUGCCGCUGCUGCACCCCGCCGCCUCGGCCGCGCAGCUGCGCACCGCGCAUCUCGCCCUCGCCCAGCUCGCCGGCCUCUCCUUCUCCACUGCGCCCACUCCGCUGGCCACGCCUGGCCCGCAGGAGCGCAUUGGUGCCGAAGAAGGUCGCGUGCUGCGCGAUGCGCUCGCCUCCUCGGCAGCAGAGCGCCUUGCUGCACUGCGCGCACUCGGCAUCCUCGCCGGCCUGGCGCCCGACGUGCUGCUGCCGCUCCUCGCUACGCUCCUCCCCUCUCUGCUCGAUGCCGGCUCGGCGCCCGACCACGCCGCGCUCCUCAUCGCCGCCUUUCUCUCCACGCUCGCCUCGCACGCCGCGGCACGCGCCGCACUGCGCGAGCACCAGGCGGUGGGCGAGUGGUGCGACGGCUGGCUCGACACGGCAGAGCUGGGCGGCGGUGGCAAGCAGGAAGCAUCGACGAAGGACAUCGCUCUGCUCGCAGGUCUGGCGCGCGUCAAGCUGGGCCCGGCCGCGGCGCCCACGGCACCUCCCGCACUGCAGGAAGAGGAGAUUGGCAGUGCCGAAGCGAAAGCUGAGGCCAAGCUGAGGGCCCAGGAGAAGAGAAAUCGCGAGAAGGAGGCGCAACGAGAGUGGGAGAGGAAGGAGGUCGAGGAGCUUCGAGCAUCGUUGUUGGCGUUGGCCAAGGCGCGUCUUCUCCUGUCGCACUCGCACAAGGAGGCAGCGGCGGAGAGCAAGCCGACGCAAGAGGAGGCCGGGCUGCCAUUUGACGAGGAGAUCAAGCACGCCACUUUCAUGGCUGCACUCGAAGCAUUGGCCCAUCUGAGCGCACACAUGAAGCAAGCGAUCGUCUCGGACGCGCCGCUCCUUGAACGGCUCUGCUCGCCCUCGCUCCUCGGCUCGAGCGUCUCUCGAAGACCCGUCUUUCCGCAACGACUCGGCGCAGCAGCCAGCGGCGCUCCCUCUUCUUCAUACGAAGCCGAUCCCACGCGUCCUGCCUCGCGCACCGCAGAUGGAGCAGCGCUGUACGCACUGGCCUCCAUCCUCUGUGCCCUCGUUGCUCCGCCUCCCAUUCUCAGCGCCCAGGAGGCGCAACUGGCCGCGCUGCGCGCCAAGGCCUCCAACGUGGCGCUUGCGCCGCGGGAAGAUGCCGCUGCAGCAGAGGCGCGCGCACUCAAGGUGCUGGCUGCGGGCGGAGCGGCGACGCUUGUGCGGCUGGUGGCGCACUCGACCGAGUCCAAAGCGACGCAAGAGGCGUGCGCGAGUGCCUUUUUGGGUCUUGCGGCUCCUCAGACGCGAGCCAGCCGCGCGCAGAUCGCGCGCGAAGGCGGCGCAAAGGCACUCUUGGCUCUCUGCUCGCUCGCCUCCUCUUCGUCGUCUGCCUCCUCGGAGGCGCAAGAGGAACAGCGCGCCACACUCGCCCUGCUGCCGAUGCAAGCUCUCGCUCGCCUGUGCAUCUCUCUGCCCACGCCCGCGCUCUUCAAUGCUCCCGCCGCGCCGCUUCGCCCGCUCGCUCGACUGUUCCUCGACGCUCUGGCGUCGCCAUUGCAGCGCUUCGAGGCCUGCCUGGCGCUGACCAACCUCGCCUCGCUGCCCGGGCUCGCGGGCGACGUCGCAAAGGCAUCACACGAAGGCGUCUCGGUGGAACAAGCGCUGCGCGAGCGCAUCGUGGCGGCGCAUCGCAUGGAGAGACGAGCGGCGGUAGAGCUGCUCUGCAAUCUGGCGCAGGAUGAGCAAGUGCGAGCGAUCUGGAGCGGCGAAGUGGAGGAUGAAGCUGUGGCGCAAGGCUCGACGAGCGCCACGACGACGGCCGCGCCUGCAGCUACGGCGUCGGCGGCGCCGGCGGCGGCGGCAAAAGGCAGACUGCACGUCUUGCUCGCUCUUUGCGCGCCCUCGACCUCUUCUUCCGAUGAGCACGACGGCGACGAGCAAGCCGACGCGGAGCAGGGCACGGCGACGGAGUCGACGCUGCAGACUCGGCUCGCGGCCUCUGGCGCCCUGGCCACGCUGCUCUCUUCGCCCUCGGCCUGCAGCCGCCUGCUCUCGCUGCGCGCCUCCAGUCUCGCCAUCCUUGCGCGGCUGCUCGAGCCUACUGUCGAGCCGCGCGAGAGGGCGGGAGCGAGGGUCCGGACGCUGGAGGAGGAAGAGUCGGAGAAGCAGGAGAAGCAGGCGCGAGAGAAGGAGCGCCUCGCCGAGGCGCACGACGCGCAAUCCGCGGGCGAGGCGCAGAUGGAACAUGUGAGGCGCGACUUGAGGCUCCGAGCGGCGGCGGCCAUGGGCUGCGUGGCGCAGUAUACCGCUUGGCUGCGCCAAGGCGGUGGGAGCGAUGGAGGCGCCGGCGAGGCGCAGCAGCAGCAGCAGCAGCUGAGGCACAUGCAGGCCAAGCUGGGCGCGGCCGCGUGGCUCGAGGCGCUGAGGCAGAGACAGGCGGAGAAGGGAGACGUGGGCGCCAUGUGCCACGAGGCACUGGGCUUGUUUGCGAGCGUGGGGGUGCAAUGACACACAAAGCCCCCCCCCCCCCCCCCCU